GAAAGCGAGAGAUCUCGGGAGUACAUGAAGCCGACUGUUAACUUCAGUCUCUGUUCACCACACAAAGUCGGUUUACGUUAGAUAACGAUGACCACAUCAGGGUCCUUGGAUCGAAUGGAGCUCUGUGGAAGCCUCUUAACAUGGAUCCAGACAUUUGGAGUGGAGGCUACAUGCAAGACAGUAGAAGACUUGACGGGUGGUGUCGUCAUGGCCCAAGCUCUACAGAAAAUAGAUGUAGUGUAUUUCAAUGACGCUUGGCUUACUAGAAUCAAGCCCGAGGUUGGGGACAACUGGAGGUUGAAGAUCAGCAAUCUAAAGAAAGUUCUGAAAGGCAUCCUAGACUAUAACCAGGAGAUCCUAGGCCAGCACAUUAACGACUUCACACUACCAGAUGUCAACCUCAUUGGAGAACACUCUGACCCAGCAGAACUUGGGAGGAUGCUGCAACUUAUACUGGGCUGUGCUGUCAACUGUGAACAGAAACAAGAAUACAUCCAGACCAUAAUGAUGAUGGAGGAGUCAGUGCAGCAUGUUGUCAUGACAGCCAUCCAAGAGCUGAUGAGUAAAGAGACUCCAGUGUUGGGAGGAAAUGACUCAUACGUGGAUCUAGACAGGCAGCUGAAGAAGACAGCAGAGGAACUGAAUGAUGCUUUGUCUACCAAGGAAGAGAUCUCCCAGAGGUGUCGUGAGCUUGACAUGCAGGUGGCAGCCCUGCAAGAGGAGAAGAGCAGUUUGUUAGCAGAAAACCAGGUCCUAAUGGAGAGACUCAACCAGUCUGACUCCAUAGAGGAUAUAAACAGCCCUGCUGGACGCAGACACCUCCAGCUGCAGACACAACUGGAGCAACUUCAGGAAGAAACGUUCAGGUUGGAGGCCUCAAAAGAUGAUUACCGGAUCCGCUGUGAAGAGCUGGAAAAAGAACUCCUGGAUGUAAAAUCUCAGAAUGAAGAGCUUUCGUCAUUGGCGGAUGAAGCCCAGUCUCUCAAGGACGAGAUGGACGUCCUCAGACAUUCAUCAGACAAAGUGUCGAAGCUGGAGGGAACAGUGGAACACUACAAGAAGAAACUAGAGGACAUGGGACUUCUCAGGAGACAGAACAAACUAAUGGAGGAGAAGAACACCGUGUUAAUGCAGGGCAACGUCAGUUUGGAAGAGGAGCUACGAAAGGCGAACGCUACCAAGGGCCAGCUGGAGACGUACAAGAGACAGGUGGUUGAACUUCAGAACAGACUGUCCGAAGAGUCUAAAAAGGCCGACAAGAUGGAGUUUGAGUAUAAACGGGUCAAAGAGAAAGUGGACUCUCUACAAAAAGAAAAAGAUCGUAUGCGUACGGAGAGAGACUCCCUGAAGGAGACUAUCGAGGAGCUCCAUUGUGUCCAAGCCCAGGAGGGACAGCUCACAUCAGGCUUGUUCCCGAUGGUCAGCAACGACGGCUCUGAUUCGCUGGCUGCUGAGAUCACCACGCCAGAGAUUCGAGAACAUUUGAUUCGUCUUCAGCAUGAGAACAAGAUGUUGAAGCUGGCCCAGGAGGGAUCAGACAAUGAGAAUAUUGCACUGUUGCAGAGUUUACUGGAGGAUGCCAGCAGAAGAAAAAAUGAACUGGAGACGGAGAACAGGUUAAUCAAUCAGCGCCUGAUGGAGGAACAGAGCCAGGUAGAGGAGUUACAGAAGAAUCUUCAAGAACAGGGCUCCAAAGCAGACGAUUCUUCCAUUCUGAAGAAGAAAUAUGAGGAGCACAUGGAGAAGCUACGAGAGCUGAACAAUGAGUUACUGAAGAAGAAUUCCUUCAUCGACGAAAUUGAGCCUAAAUACAACACCAGCUCCCAACGAGUGGAGGAGCUGGAAGAAGCCUUGAAGAAGAAAGAUGAUGACAUGAAACAGAUGGAGGAGAGAUAUAAGAAAUACCUGGAAAAAGCCAAGAGCGUGAUCCGGACCCUGGACCCCAAACAGAACCAGGGUUCAGGUCCAGAGGUGCAGGCCCUGAAGAACCAGCUGCAGGAGAAGGACAGGAUGUUGCACUCAUUGGAGAAAGAGAUGGACAAGACAAAAAGUCAGAGAGAUUACGAGGAGAAACUGAUCGUGUCCGCCUGGUACAAUAUGGGCAUGUCUUUGCAGAAGAAGGCGGCUGAAGACAGACUCGCCAACACCGGCUCUGGUCAGUCCUUCCUGGCGCGGCAGAGACAAGCCACCAGCACGCGCCGCUCAGGCCACGUCCAGCCAGCUACCGCAAGAUCCAUGAGGUAGAGAUGCCGGCAAAGGCUGCCCAAAAUCUCGCACCACUUCUUUUUUUUCCCUGGCUAAGCAUAUUUUACUGACUCCUGUAAUGCCACAGCUCCUGCCCUUUUUAACACCCCAGUAUAUUUGAUCAGGUCGGACUAAUCACCCCCAAACACCCUCUCCUCCUCCCUCUCUCCCACCUUCCUCUACCUGUGCAGAGAAACAUUGCAUCUCCUUGACAACUUAUUGUCAUUUUUAGUUUUUGUUUUGAGGAACCGAUCUGCCUGUUCAUGCAGUAUUUACGCACAUCUCUUACCUGUCAAAGCAUUUGAGCUUCAUCUUGUUUCUCAUCCUGGAGAUGACAGAGUUUCUCUCCUGCGUUAUCAGUUUUUUUGUAUCUCAAUGUAGCUUUCAAGCAGGCGACAGCAAUCUUAAUUUACACGUGUCGAUGUUUUAAAUUGUGUUUUUCGAAAGGAGAUAAGUUGCUCUCCUGCCGUGUCAGUAUGUUUUGGCUUUUUUGUAACAUACAUUGAGGCAUAAGAAGAUGUAUAGUCAUCGCAUGUAAAUGUUCCAUUUGCUUGCGAACUGGUCUGAAUGAUCUCUAAUGGGAAUAUGUGAUUUGGAAAAAGCCGGUUACGGUGCUGCAAUAAUUGAAUAGUAAUUUCCCCUGAGAUAAAAAAAAAAGUAAAGGAACUGCUUCAGUUUGUGAAGUUGUUUCAGAAGUGUCAAUACACAGACAGGUAGAUGGGGGCAAAGCUCAACGUGCUACAUACAGUAACUGCGUAGACUGGUUUUCAUCAUCUUUCUUAAGGAGCCACCGUCGAGCAAACUGGGAAAGUCAUCGGUUCACAUGGUUUUAACUUUACCAGCAUUUACCGGGUUGUCUCAGACAACAACUUAUGUGCCAUAGUGUUACAUUGAAAUGUAUGUACCACACGUAUUUGGUCAAUAAUAUCCUUGGAACACUGCAGGCGUCCAUCCUCACACAACACAGACAGAACUGUGUUGAAGGAAAUAUCUAGCUGUGAGGUAGUUACUGAGCUUUAGAUGCUGUUGUAGAUGUCGUCCUUAUGCCAAUCAUUUAACAAAGAGAGUUGAUUUAAUGUAUCUCGCUGAAGAGGACUUACUUUCCACGUCAUUUCAGAAUCAAUUGAUUGCGGUCAUAGUGAAAAACCUUUGUGUGAAAAGGUGUUUUGUAAAGCACUACACAGUAUUGCACAUGUUAUUUUACAUAGGAAUCUUGUUUCAGCUGUUGCUGUCCCCUCUCUUAACCCAUUUAUUGCUCCUCUACAUUAUCAUCAUCGUCAUGAAUGAUCCCUUAUUAACGCGAUGGACCUUUUUCAGUAGCCUUGAAAUGUGUGACGUGUGUGUGCGUGUGUGUGUGUGUGGUGUGUGUUCGUGUGUUCCUACUCCUACUCUUAACAAACCCUGCCGUCUGAUUGUUAUCUCUCUUUCUUUCUCCUCCCUCAACAGCAAUGUCACUGCAUGACUGGCACACCCGUGAGCUGGCUCGAGCCUUGCUUGUGGCCUGGCCCCGGCCCGUCUUUGGCCUACGCUGGUCCCGGGCUGGGCCGGGCCGAGGCACGCGAUGCAUGAACUACCCGCCUGUCUACUGUUUGCAUGACUUUGCAUUGACUCGUGUCUGCGAAUAACCAGCACUCCAGCAGCGGCAUGAGCACUAACAACCCUCUGCAGUGUCACGCAUUGUAACCUUCAGACAAGCCCGAGGAGGCCACAAAUGUAACUCCUCUCCAGCUCCCCACGCUCUUUAUUACCCUCUCCGUUCUCCCUCUCCUGUCCUCUCCUCCACACACCCCCCCCCCCCCCCCCACUCGUGAUGGACAUGCCUGAUGGAUGCUUGUGCUUCCACACUGCAUCAAGUCUGUCACGAUUCAACUUAUGUUACAGACACUAAGGACAGCGGGCAGAAUAUCGCCGUGUAGUCAAUCAGGCAGUUGAUCCACUAAUAGGCACUUUUCUUCUGUAGCGUGCGACUUGACGUUGGCUCGCGGCUUCAGGAUACCUCCAUGACAUAUUUCCACAUAUCUGUUUUAUUUUAUUUACAUGGUUGGAAGAGAGUCUGAAUCAGCGCGAGAGAAAUAUUUGCGAUGUGUAGCCUGCAAAUGCAUUACACACAAAAAAGAAAAGCUCCCUUUUUAAACUUCUAAGCGUGAAUCUCCUGCAAUGGUUCUGCCCAGCCUCUCCUCACCAUGUUGCUAGAUGGCAUCUUAGAAGUGGUUUUACCUCAAGUGUUAGAGUAAGGAGCGCGUUCGGGGCAUUAUGUGUCGCGCUGUUGGACAGUUUGCGGUAGGUGCAUAGGAUGGCAAAAUAAGUGUUUUUAAAAUGAAUAACAUUGUUACAGAUAUGCUUUUAUACAGAAUGAAAGCCCCCAUUAAGCCUGCUUACACUUUUACUUUAGAUUUAAUUUAAUGUCAGCAUAGCAUCUACGUCAUGAUGAAGCACAUUUAAUACACAUUUAUAUAGUGGCUAUAUUAUAGCUGACUAUGUUGUCGUUGUUAUUUGUCUAAGUAGCAAAUAACCUGCGGUCUGAUGGAGCCUAAAGCAAGUGGCUCUGCUGACUUUUAAUACUUUUUACCAUUUAAUACCAAUGCUAAAUUGAAGGAAAAUAAGGAUGUGAAAGUGCACAUUAGCUCACUCAGGCUAAUGUGCACUACUUUCAUUUUGUUGGCUUGACACGGCGAACUAUUUUAAAAAAGUAGAAAGGGAAAUCAUUGCGAAAAUCUCCAAGGAUCCUGUUGAAAGCAGAUCAAGCCUUUUGCAUUUAAUACAUUUGAGGUGCAGUUCCUAGUGACCCUGCAUUCCUUCUGUUUCAUCAAUGAAACUCGACGCAACAGUUUUGUGAGGAAAAAUUUUUUUUUUUUGCAUUAGCUGUAAAAAGUCGACUGCGAACACAUGCAGCGUUAACCGAAAGAAUUCUAAAAGACACAAAUGAUAGUAUUAGCAAUAAUAUAAUAAUGGAGAAGCUUGGUGUAAGUUGUACUCUACAUUGUGUGUAGCUUCUUUUAAAUAUAUAUCUUAUUUAAAUUUUAUUUCCACAUUAAAAGUAUGUUGACAAAAAAGGGAGACUGGACCUACGGAUAUAUGCAUAUUACAGGCAUAAGUGCAUAUUUAUUUACAACAACAUAUUUCAAAUGAGAGAGAUGGUUGAAUCCUUAAAUUAUAUUAUCCUUUUAAAAUAUGUAUUCAUUAAAAAAAAAAAAGUUAUCUACAUGAUACAUUUCUUGACUUGUAUUCAAACUAAGCAGUCUUAACGAGGGCUUUUCUUCUUUGUAUUUUAACCUAUUUUUUACUCAUAAAUGUUAUAUUGUGUAAUCUUGGUUUAAUUCAUGCCGUGCAUUUUUAUCUUAAUGGCUUAUUUAUUAUUUUGCCGCUUGUACAGCAGUGUUGUUACUUUUUAUUUUAUUUUAAUCAUCAGUACAAAUAUUAUAUCACCACUUACACUGUUACAAUGGAUGUAAAGUUUCCAUACGACAUCAAGAUACUGUUAAAAAUUGUCUUAUGCAACAAAAGGAGGAGAUGGUUUGAAAUGGCGUCGUGUUCGUCUCCAUCCAAUGAAAAUGACACAAGGUUAUUUUUAUUAACCGCCAUCUCAGACUCGGUGUGAAAAGGAGAAAACGGUGCAAAGUUUCCAUUUCCCUCUUCGGGAGUUUCUAACGCUUGAAACAUGUUUUCUCGUUAACAAAAAAAGCACAUUUUUACACUUUUAAAUUCACAACAUUUUUUGGGUGAAUUUACUGUGACCCUACAAAUGAUCAUAAUUUCCAGUGUUUUAGCAAAAAAGGCUCAUUAGCUGUUAAGCGUGCAUGUGUAAUUCAUUACAAAUAAAGCUUGCUCUGAUGUUUGGUUAACCAACCUUUUAAUUACAUUUGGGCUUCAAACAAAUUUAGUUUUUCCAAAGUAAGCCGUGAAAUAUCAUUUGCUAGGUAAAGACGUGACGUUUUUGUUUUGUCCAGUUCUCGACUGUGUUUCUGUCCAAAUGUGUGUUUUGUAAACCAUUUGCCAUUAACAUCCAGCUGUAAGUUAUAUUACACAGAACUCUUUUAACCGUCCACCCCCGUGAGUCAUUGGUUUGGUAAGAAAUCUGUAUAUAAUGGAACACAUCCACAUUGUGGGAGACCUGUUUAAAUUUAUAUCAGGGAUGUUGGGGAAACAUUUUUCCAUUAUUUAAUAUCUCCCUAAGAGAAAGCAUAUUAUAUGUUGUACCCUUUUAUCCCACAUCAAGUCGGCCACUGUAUUUUGCGUAUAUGCAUCUCGUGUAUAUGCUUAAUAUUUCUGGCAAAUAAUGAGAUUAUGGGUGGUGGAACUUGCUUCAGAAGCCUGCUAGUUUUCACCACUUUUAAGACGUAUUAAUUCCAAUUCUUUCUGAAUAAAGAAGGAAAGGUGACUUCUUGAUGUACUGUUUGAGCUAUAACCCCAAAUAUUUCCUUUUUUAGUAUUAAUUAUUGAGAACAAAAAUACUGAAUGAAGAUUGCAGUAAUCUUUACAAAACCCGGUCAUAAUGUGGUGUGUUACUUACAUGCUUAAGAUAUAAUGAGUACCCAGUAUUCCCUAGUGUUACUUGACUUGUAUUAGAGAUGGAACAAACAUGAGGCUGUUAACAGCUCAGCAUUUUAUCACCACGCGUGCAGUGUUUGCUGUAUUUUUUUACUCAUUGGAAAACGUUUCUUUACAUAUUGAAGUAGCAAAUAACCUUCCAUUUGCCAAGUUUUAUAUUGCUUGUAUACAAACUACACUAUGUACAUACUAAAUGUGACGGUGUUGGAGGAGGUGUCUGGCCCUUUUGAGAAUGAGAAAAAUGCAACUCAAGUUAGGUGAGAUGGAUUUAAUAUAGCAUUUGUCCGAUGAGGACCUAUUGAUGAAAAUGUGCUUCCUACACUGCAAAACUUGGAAAUGUUAUUGUAAAUAAAGCUUGUAUAAAACAC